AUGAACACCCUCAUGGACAUCCCCGAGCUGCUGUCAACAAUCUGCCACAACCUCGACAGACACUCUCUGCUCGCCGCUACCCUUGUUUCCCGAUCCUGGAACUACAUCUGCUCCCCUCUCCUCUGGGAAUACUGUCUCUUCUCCGCAGAGCAAUACGGCCUCUUUCAUGACAUCUUUGACAAUCAUGCUCAACUUAUCCGCCACAUGGAUGCCAAGCACCGCCUUAUCGGAAACGAAAUGCGCUUUGUUGCCCAACAAUGCACCAAUCUUGCUUCGCUCAAGCUACAAAACUGUCAUGUCGCCCCCUCAAGUCUCGAGAUCCUAUGCGAGGGCAUCCCUCAGGUCCAGUUCCUGGCCUUUGAGCUCUGCAGAGGUGUCAACAGCUCUAGUAUCGCUUCCAGACUAACACGGCUACCGAGGCUGUCGCGUCUAGAUAUCGUUGUCCAUGUACAGGAGCGAGGCAAUGGCGACUGGCGAGAAAACGAUGUUGCCCUCAUGCUGACGGGAUGUUCGCUUCUCGAGUACCUCAGGAUUGUAGGACCAGACUUAUCGCAUAUCCAUCUCCGUAGUGUCCGUCGCCACAGUUCACCACUACGGCUGGUCCAGCUGCAUUUGGUGUCCACAUUCAUAUCCGAAGGAGCGCUAGAGAACCUGCUGGCGAAAUCCCCGAAUCUCUCCACACUGAUCCUCCUGAUGAACGCGAAUAAGAACUCGAUGGUCCAGGCGAUUGCCAACAACUGCCCGAACCUUCGGAUGCUCGAGCUCAAGAAUUCCAAGAGCAUUGCGACCUCUGCAUUUGGCUCUGUCUUCAAGAAAUGUCCAUUGUUGACGAACCUCGAUAUUUCGUACACACUCAUCUAUGACGCUGCCAUCUCAGCCCUCGCACAGCAUUGUAGUCGGCUUCGGAUCUUGGAUCUCACAGGCUGCUCGCGUAUGACACAUGUUGCGUUCUUGGAGCUGAUGUCGAGGUUGACGAAUCUCAAAGAGCUGUUGGUGAGCGGGUGUACUCGACUGAGGAUUGCGGCCUUUUCUGAUGCGACAGUGUGGGCCAGUCGAGGGUCGCUUGAGGUGCUGGAUAUUUCCUCGGUCGGGAUCAAGGUUGGGUCGGAUUCGUUGGAGGGGCUGGUUCAGCACUUGAGGUCGUUGAAGAGGCUUCGACAGCUGUAUCUGGACGAGGCAGUGAGUCAGCAUGGUGAUGUGCAGCGGCUCCUAGAGUCUUUAGAUGUGGUGCUGUCCAUAACCGAACCUGCUCACCAACCACCCAACUGA